AUGGCGACCAUCAACGCUUCCAACGUUUCCAACGCUCCUGUGUCGGCCAACGCUCCAAUUCUCGAAGAGAUCAAGGACCGGACCUCAUGGGUUUGGGAGCAUUUCGGCAAGUACGAGCGUGUGCCAAGCGAGAACGACAAAGCCGCCGUUUACGACUACGUAUGCCGCGUGUGCCUGAGCAACAAGAGUAAGUUUAGCGACUGUAUCGUCGCCCUCUACGAGGGGAGUGCGUCGAAUACGCUCCGCCAUUUCAAGCACAAACACCCGUCCCUCGUCCCCAAGGCCAGCGUGCGCAAGGCUGCUCCACAGAAGCCGGCCAGCAACAGUACCGAGAAGGCCAGCAAUGAGCGUGUCUUCUCGCUUUGCAAGCUGAUCGACUCGCCGUUGCGCCAGAACCUCGGCGACGUCAAGUUCGAGAUGCUACUUGUUCUGGCCUUCAACAAGGAGUUCAUUCGGUCCGAGACCGACGACGCCACGCUGGCCGAUGCCCUCGAGUCGACAACGUCUGCUUCGCAAGCUGCUGCGACGCUCGUCAACUUGUUCGACCUCGACGCCAACAACGAUGAGACCGAGUCGGGCAUCAACAUCGCUGAAACACUUGGUACAGCGGAGGUUGAUCCUACGCAUGCGCGGGCCAAGAAGCGCAAACAUUGUAGCGUUGAGUAG